AACAAUCGGGAUUCUUAGGUUAAAAAGCGACAUUAUUUUUUACAACGUUAUUUUUAAGAGUUGCGCGAAGGGAAGAGAGAAUAAACUUUUUUUUUCCUCCACAAAGACAAACUCACCAAAGACAUCAACACCUGCCGCUGUAGCAAAUACAACAUAUCUUGUAAGGACGGAGGAAAGGGCGAUUGAAAAUUCGGUGGAGCGUUUUGGUAAGAGUUGACUAAGGAGUUUACCGACAGCGCGCGCUCAAUGCGUAAGUCUGCAUGGCUUUUACUGGCGCUCGCGACACAUCUCAAGCCACGGUGCGACGGAGCGACCAAGACAGCGUUCUCUCAGACCAUUAGGUAGUAAUUGAUGUGCUGUCUAGAGACUCGGUGCAUCAUCCUCUUCACGUUACACGUUGCAACGACACUUGUAUCAGCCAUCGACUUGAGACUUCCGCGCAGCGACUGGGCUUGAACUCCAGUCGAAGAAGGCGGAGUCUUAACUUAUUAAAAGGAACUCGCCGAGGCUCGGUCGCAAAUAUGAUGAUGAUGUCUCUGAACAGCAAGCAGGCGUUCGCCAUGCCCCACACCAGUCUGCCCGAGCCCAAAUACUCCAGUUUGCAUUCGUCUUCCUCUUCCACUUUGACUUCCAACGCGCCCUCGUCCUCCUGCUCUUCGUCCCGACACAGCAACAACACGAUCAGCAGCAGCUCGGAGGCGAUGCGGCGAGCAUGUCUCCCAACCCCACCGAGCAAUAUAUUCGGGGGUUUGGAUGAGAGUUUGUUGGCCCGCGCGGAAGCUCUGGCGGCGGUGGAUAUAGUCUCGCAGACCAAAAGCCAUCAUCACCCACCUCACCACAGCCCCUUCAAGCCGGACAUAACCUACCACACCAUGAACACGCUUCCUUGCACCUCCUCGUCCUCGUCGUCGUCCGUGCCCAUCUCGCACCCGUCGGCUCUUGGAGGCCACCACCACCAUCACCAUCACCACCACCACCACCAGCCGCACCAGGCACUUGAGGGGGACCUGCUGGAUCACAUCACCCCUGGACUGACACUAGCUGGGGCCAUGGCAGGGCCAGACGGCUCGGUGGUCUCCACGCCUGCGCACCCUGCUCACAUGGCAGGCAUGAACCACAUGCACCAAGCUGCCAUCAAUAUGGCUCACGCCCAUGGGCUGCAAUCCCACAUGGGCUGCAUGAGCGACGUGGAUGCAGAUCCUAGGGACUUGGAAGCAUUUGCUGAGCGCUUUAAACAGCGUCGGAUCAAACUUGGUGUGACCCAAGCGGAUGUAGGGUCAGCCCUGGCCAACCUGAAGAUCCCAGGCGUUGGCUCUUUGAGCCAGAGUACCAUCUGCCGAUUUGAAUCUCUCACGUUGUCUCACAACAACAUGAUCGCCCUGAAGCCCAUCCUGCAAGCCUGGCUCGAGGAGGCUGAGAAGUCACACCGGGAGAAACUGAAUAAACCCGAGCUCUUCAACGGGGCCGAGAAGAAGAGGAAGCGAACCUCCAUCGCGGCCCCCGAGAAAAGGUCCCUCGAAGCUUAUUUUGCCAUUCAGCCGCGUCCGUCAUCAGAGAAAAUCGCAGCAAUCGCAGAGAAGCUGGACCUCAAAAAGAACGUAGUGCGGGUUUGGUUUUGCAACCAGAGGCAAAAACAAAAACGCAUGAAAUACUCGGCGUGCGUCUAGAAAAUCGAUCUGAAGACCAACACGUGUCGAGAGACUCCUAAAACUCUUUAAAGACGAUUUGUAAAAUAUUUCUUAUCUCACACCUUUUUCAAUCAUCAGUAACGUGUUCAUUGAGCCAGACUUUCAUGACAUUCAAAAGAGACUAAAAACAAAAACAAAUCACUGUCACGAAUUACUCAAAUGGGAUGUGGAAUGAUUUAAAGGAUCGUUUGACUGAUCAAGUAAGACCAUUCGUUUUUCCUCACUUAUUAAAGCACACUUUCUAUAUCAGAGGAUCAUGAAGUUACACACAUCACCUGUUAUUACAAACCCUGAGAGAAAAAAAAUUGACAGUGUUUGUCAGUGUUUUUAUUUGACGUUUUUCUUUCUUAGCAUAUCACGUUAAUUCAGGGUCCAUUAGAGGAAAAGAGGAUAUAACGAAGUCUAACUAUUCAAGCAUCUCCUUGUAAAUUAUUGAUUUAGCUGUUACAUACAUCAUUUUGUGUUUCGUCUUGUUGAUUUUAAUAAUAAUUAACCUAGCCUAAAAAUGUAGGCAUUGGAUGACCAGAAUAUAUCCAUGUUUUUCUUAUGAAGGUAUAUGGAUUUGGGACGUACAUUUAAUAUUACUUACCUCUAGUUAUUAAAAUAGAACACAUUGGAAAUACUACUGAACAUGAGGAGAGGUUAAAUUGAUUUUUUAGUGAUGGGAUUUGUUCAGCCAAAUAUCUGUUGCAAUACGCCUGCACUCUAACGUGGCUGUGUUUCUUAUGAACUAUUUAUGAAGUGAGGUAAUGUUUACUUCAUUACAUAUUUAUUGGGAUUCCCUCCACGUUUUUACUUGAAAAAAUCAUAUUGAGACAACAAGAAAAACGUGUCCCUCUGCAAAUGGGGAAGACUGCUUGAAAUAAGCCAUUUUUCCCUCCUUUCGUUCCUCUAACGUUCGAGAUGGCACAAUCGAGAGAUAUAUGAGAACAUUUUGUUUGGAAUUAUUUUCAUGUAUGUUAUCUGGUUAUUUAUUUGUAUAAAUAUACGCGUAUAAUUAUGGAGUCGUUGCUUGUUAAAUUCACCAUGUUUUGAAAUGUUUUCUUAAAGAAAAAGAUCAGUUCCUUUGAAACAUACACGUAAUAUGUAAAUAAUUCAGUUGGACAUACAUAAGAUAUUCGUACAGGUAUUUGCUGUGUUGCUGUUUUAGCUGCGGUAACUGUAUUGUCUGUUGCUUUAGGUUUAAU